AUGUCAAUCUAUUCUCUGUCGACUGCCUUCACCGCCACCACCUCCACCAAGCCUCUCUCAUCCUCCGCCCUCGGCCCCUCCUCCUCCUCCCUCCUCCGCCUCCCCGUCAAACAACUCUCCUCCCUCUCCCUCAAUGCUUCGCCCUCCAGACCGCGUCUGACCAUCUCCGCCUCAAUGGAGGCCGGAGUCGGUGUCAUGGGAACGAAGCUGGGGAUGAUGACGUACUUCGACUCCACUGGCACCGUGGUUCCGGUGACGGUCGUCGGAUUCCGAGAGGGAAACAUCGUUACUCAGGUCAAGACCGAGGCCACGGACGGCUACGACGCAGUUCAGGUAGGCUACCGCCGGGUUCGCGACCGGAAAUUAACAAAGCCGGAGUUAGGGCAUCUUGAGAAGUCCGGCAUUAUCCCGCUGAGGCACUUGCAGGAGUUCAGGCUUCAGUCGGUCCAAGGUUUCGAGCCUAAUCAGCGGUUGGUGGUGGACGAGAUCUUUAAGGAGGGUGAUCUGGUCGACGUCUCCGGGACGACAAUCGGGAAAGGGUUCCAAGGUGGGAUCAAGAGACACAACUUCAAGAGAGGUCCAAUGACACAUGGGUCGAAGAGCCACCGACAACUGGGAUCCAUUGGUGCUGGGACUACGCCUGGGCGGGUGUACAAAGGCAAGAAAAUGCCUGGGAGAAUGGGGGGCACCACCACUAAGAUAAGAAAACUCAAGGUCGUGAAAAUCGACAAUGACCUCAAUGUGGUGAUGAUCAAGGGGGCCGUGCCUGGGAAGCCUGGGAAUCUCCUCCGAAUUACUCCCGCCAAAAUCGUGGGGAAGAAUAUUCCUAAAAACUAG